AUGCGCCUAGUUGGCCGUGAGGCAAGAUCAAGUGAGGUUUUCAUCAUUCCGGAGAGUGAGGAUUUAGAUGCGUUGUCCCUCUCCCAUGCACAUGUGCCUGCCGUAUGGCGGAGCUUGACUAGGGACAACGUGCAACGAACGUCGACUAAAAACUUCUUCCCGCAUGGAUCCCAGCUUCCUGUUAAUAUUAAAUUGGCAUCUCUGUACCUCUACCCACAUCUAUCGUCUCCAGAACUGUGCUACUUCUUCUUUGAGUCCUUCGCCACUGAAGGGAAGAUGAUACGGCUGCUUAAUGUACAAGCUGUUUUUUCUAUCGAGAGUGGGAAAGACACGAUCCACCCCAACGUUUUGGAAGAGUUUGUCGAUGAAGGCAUCGAAUACGCCAUACUAUCGCAUCGCUGGGGAGAGGAGGUCAACUAUGAUGAGAUGGUCAAACUGAAUACCAUGACGAAGGAGGAGAGGAACAAAGUCAGGGAGCACCAAGGCUACCGCAAGAUUGUCAAGAGCUGCGAGCACGCCGCGAAGGAUGGUUUCAGGUGGCUAUGGGUCGAUACGUGCUGUAUCGAUAGGCGCAGCAGUUCAGAGCUCUCCGAGGCCAUCCGUUCCAUGUACCGAUGGUACGAAAACUCGAAGAAGUGUUACGCGUACCUCCACGACGUCGAAAGGCGGACCUUUCCUACGAAACAAGACAAUGAGACGUACAACAAUUCUACUGGAUGGCCCGAGUGGUUCUCGCGCGGUUGGACACUCCAGGAGCUGAUAGCCCCGACAGAUGUUCAGUUCUUCAAUAAGGAAUGGGCACCUCUGGGCAGCAAGCAAAAGCACGCGUCUACUCUGCACAAAAUUACACGGAUCCCGGAGAGUGUGUUGAAGGGUGCCCUAUCUCCGAGUCAGGUUUGCGUGGCCCAAAUAAUGUCUUGGGCUGCAGAUCGGAAAACGACUCGGGUUGAAGAUCGGGCAUAUUCCUUGUUGGGAUUAUUUGGCGUGAAUAUGCCCAUGUUGUACGGAGAGGGCAACAAAGCAUUUCAGCGCUUACAGUUACAAAUCAUCCGGGUGUCCAACGACCAAAGCAUCUUUGCUUGGGACCCCCGUGGUAGAAUCCGGCGGUCCGGACUGGUUCUGGCAGAUGAUCCAAGCUACUUUCAGGAUUGUCAUGAGGUCAGGAUGGUAGGACCGGAUGAUUUCAUCAAAUCCCUCAAACAACAACUUCAGUUCGACAAGCGUGACAUCCCUGGGGAAUGGCGCCCUGCUAGCGCCCAACAACUUCACAAAUAUACCGUCACCAAUGGAGGUAUCGAAAUAUGCAUGCCACUUACUCCAUAUAACGACUUCCCAACCAUCUAUAGAGCAACAUUGGCAUGCAUGCAACGUGACGGCACUCUGCUCACCAUCGACUUGGAGUCCCGCGGGUCCAACUAUUAUAGAGCUUUCGGUGCGACCAAUAUUUCUCAGAAAAUUCCAGAAUUUAGCGAUCUCUAUCUCGCCUGUCAUCGGGACCCGAAAUGUUGCAUUAUCACGCUUGACGAGAGGACAAUGCCUCACUACGGUUUUACUCGCUGCGGCGCUUUCCCCCCUGUCAUCAAUGGGGACUGCGUUGCAUUAUCGUCGCUAACAAGUGAUCUAAUUGUCAUGGUGUAUUCCAGCGCCAAGGUCAAAGCUCGCUUUGCGGUUGGGCUUGGGUACUACUUUCGUGAACAAUGGGUACAUGUCGUGUGUGACGAUGAAGGGGACAGUGACUUACGGCCGGAGGAUUAUGCCAAGAAAGUCCAUACACAGUUGUGGAACGCGCGUGCAAAGCUUGCUAGACACAUGCCUCAUGAACAACAUCGACUACUCUGGUCCCCCUUUAGAACAGAAGUCGACUGCUAUAUCAAGCAUGCCCACCUACCGCGGUCGAUUUAUGCUGCAAAGAUCAUUUAUGGCGAAUGGAAAGAAGGCUACACCACAGUCACCAUUGACGUUGACCAAUGCACUGGGUGCUGUUAUGGGCCCCUCAAGUGGAAGACUACUGCGAACGCUACGGACGGCCUUUCCAUGUCCGGUCUCCUGAAAGUUGAUAGUGCCAACAACCAUGGGCACUGGUUACUCGUUGAUGGGAUUGAUGUACAGUUUCUGGAAUGUGCUACCCAGAAGAUCGCGCUUGGUGACUAUGGCGAUUGGGACUACAACAGUGAAGGCUUUACACAUAAAGGCAAUAUUUUCGAAGAUCUCGAGUUACUGCCAGAUACGCUCGAUAUUGACACAGCGAAUUCCGUCCAUCGCCAAUUCAAGCGGAUGGUUUCCAGUUUUGAUGGGAGAGAUGAAAUAGGCGACCUCGUAGAAACAUUCACUAGUCUGUCCACUAGACCCGCGUUGGUUUUGCGCCGACCAAUCGGCUUGUCGCUUCCAAACAGCCGACAACUCGUGCUACUCCUGAAAGCCUUGUCUACUCGCCUUGCGGACAAAUACCUAGUGACGACAGUCGUACAAUGCUCAGCAUACAGAACAACUAAUCCCGGCAGUGAGUGGACUGGGAAGAAUGAGACAGGCGAAAGCGGGCCCUCAGAAAGUCAAUCUGGAUCUACGGAAUCAACUAGCAUUCCCGCCUUGUAUAGCAUUGCCCAGCCCCAAGUGUGGCGUCGAGACACAGCCGAUACAGGGAGGAAAGAAUUGUUUAGAGAAAUUCGCAAACAGUUCUACGUCCUACUGAACUCGGUAGGACAGUUGGGCGGCGAUGCUAAGAACGCACUCGAGCUUUUCUCGAAUAUGUUUGGUGUUAAGUAUUUGCGAAAUUAUGUUGGUGAUAUCACCCUCCAGGAGUUUGUAUCACUCUUAGGACUUCAGUCAAGCUGUGAACCUCCUUCAGCAAGGGCGAAAGACACACCUUCCACAAGAUCCCGCAAUCUAGCUGAUGACAAGGAACUCAACACAGCGCAGGACCUACGUGUUGGGGCUGUAGUAGAGCAAAUGCUAAAGGUUACCCAGACUGACAAGCCAACUCUUGAGUGCCCCAAUAGAGAAAAAAUGAAGCAGGAGGCAGUAUCUAUAUCAAAAACUCUUGGUUUUAGGGUGCUUAAGGAGUAUUACCGCAUUGUCGAUGCGUGCUUGCACUCUGGUGUAUCGGCACAUGACAAGGCAGUUAAGGCAGACAGGGUAAAAUGCAGUAUUGACUACGCCUGUUGUGUUAGUCCAGAGUUGCAACAGAUAAAAAGCUUGCAGGCGAAACUCAGUGCGUCGAACAAUGAGGACGAAAAACGAGCGCUAGAAGAAGAUAUCACGGGGAAGAUCCUAUGGCUGUGCUGGGAGGGUAUUCGUCUGGAAGUGGUCGAUUGCAUUGUAAGAAACGAAAAGCUGUCCUACCAAGUGGCGGAGGCACGAGGGCAGGCUCUGCAUGAAAUCAGAGCGAUAUUCCAAGAAGCUCUCGCUGAACCUGUAAAUGACGAUCAGGCUCAUUUGCGGCGGAUCAUGGCCGAUGCCGAAGCACGCACUUCGAAAUACGACUUACUGCAUUCUGCACUAGCUGUGCCAACUUUGGGUCACAAGAAACUAGAGCUGCGAGUGCACUGGAAGAACAUGGCCAACAACCAGGUUAUGUAG